AUGUCAGAAAUAGUGACGAAAAGUUCUGAAAAGGAAAAGUUAGUUAUUAUUAGUGAAAAUGAUGGUGAUAGUGAUGUGAUUAAAGAGGAAGUGAAGGAAGAAGGUGAUGAGAACAAGAACUCUUGUCACCGGGAGAACAGGCUGACGAGUAUCAUCGACCAGUUACGUUGUCAGAGCAAAAUGAAAGAGGUCGCGUGCGCGUGCGCCGUUAGCGCGCUGGAUAUGUUA